AUGGCACGGCUCCGCGACCGGAUCACCAAGAUCCAGGAGUCCGGGCUGGCGACGUCGGCGCAGGCGUACUUUGACAUCGCGACCGAGAAGCCGCCGCAGCGGCUGCUGCGCGACUUCUUCGCCGACUCGGCGCCGCGCGUGCAGCAGGCAAUGCAAGACGCCGUCGUCGCGCUGCUCGGCGCGCUGCCGACGCUGCAGUUCGACUCGAGCGUGACGACGACGGGCGACCGGCUCGCCGCGCUGAUGCUGCAGCUGCAGGUGACGGGCUACAUGCUGCGCAACGCCGAGUACGCCACCGCCCUGCGAGACCUGCUCGAGAUCCGCUCACGCGAGCCCGCCGACUUCCGCGCCGCGUUUGAGCGGCUCGACGCGGACGGCUCCGGGUACAUCGAGAUGCCGGAGGUGGAGGCGCUGCUCGCGUCCGUCUACGGCGGCGAGGCGCCGCCGCCCUACGAGGCGCGCGCGCUCAUGAAGCUCAUGGACGCCGACGGCGACGGCCGGAUCGCGUGGGACGAGUUCUCGGCUGCGCUCGGCGCGCUGGAGGGGGAGGGCGGGUCUGCCUUCGGCGCGGCGCUGCCGGCGCUGGACGCAGCGGCGGGCACCGCCUCGCCGCCCAACGUGAGCGGCACUGUCGUCGUCACCCUCGACGGCGGGCGCGAGGUUGAGGUCGACGCGGCCGCGUACAUGGAGCAGCUGCGCGGCGAGGCGGAGGCGCUGCGUUCGGAGCUGGGCCAGCUGCAGGCGGGGGAGGCGGAGGGGAGCGGCGCCAUCUCCACCUCCCUGUCCGCGUACGCGCAGCUGGCGGUGCUGACGCGCGGCAUGUCGGCCGAGGUGAAGGAGGCGAUGUCGAUGGUGGUCAAGUACAUCUUCAAGGUCCCGGACGAGGACGGGGGCGAGCGAGACCUCGAGAGAGACGACCAGGUGACCAUCGAGCAGGACAAGAUGCGCACGCUCUGCAUGUACCAGCUGGUGCUCGGGUACACGCUGCGGGAGGCGGAGGCCAAGGGCGAGGCGGACGAGCGGCUCGGCCGGUGA